AUCCGUAAGGUAACCAGUGAAAUAUUUGCCAGCUUUGUUUAUUUAGGCUGUGGUGGGGAGCAGUCAGCUGGAAGGCAACACGUGCAACAAUAACAAUCUCCCCAGCCUUAAUUAACCACCUCACCUGGCCUUGCAUUACUUAUCCUGGCCAGCACAGGUGGGCGGGGCAUCCAGGCAACGCUUCUGCAGGUGGGUGAUGCUCAUGGAUUCGCCAAAUGUGAGGAAGAAGUCACAGCUGCCACCACCACCACUACAACUGCAGCUGCUGCCACCACCACCACCACCACCAGGAUGGGGAAGCCUGCAACAGCUGCACGCAAGAGGAAGAGGAGAGCAGCAGCAUUGUUGCGGAGGAGGAUGGCUGCUAAGGCGGACCUGGAGAGUCUGAGUGUGGAGGAGUUGCUGGCGGCAGCACAGGAAGAAAUUGACAGCUUCCAGUAUGAGACAGCUCAGACACUGUGCCACACGGCCCUCAAGAAAGAGCCGGACAACGUGGCCGUGCUGGAGACCUCAGCCAGCCUGUGCCUGGAAGUGGGGAAUCUUGAUGGGGCACGGCACUGCCUGGGCAGGGCCAUAACGGUGCAGCCUGAGGGCGGCCAUGAGAAGUACAUGUCCAUGGCCCAGCUGAUGGAGGGGCGGGAGGCCCUGCAGUGCUACCAGAAAGGCAUUGAGAUCCUCACCAGGAAGGUGUUGAGUCUGCCAGUGGUGAAGAAAGCUGAGGAGGCCGGCGAGCCAGUGGACAUGACAAUGCAGGACGACAGUGGCAGAAAUGGCACAUCCACAGAAAGCAGCGGAGUGGCGGCAGUCACGGUGAAGACUGAGCCCAGGGAUCCCAUGCUGGACGAGGGGAAUGAAAACUUGUGCCCAGCUGAGGCUGAAGCAGGGGCCAGCAGAGGCAGCACCUCUGCCUCUUCCCUGGGUCCCCAGCAGGAUGAGAGGGCAGGGCUGGUGCGGCAGAUGUCCACGGCCUAUUGUUCGGUGGCAGAGCUCUUCAUGACAGACUUGUGUGACGAGGAGGAGGCAGAGGAGGCGUGCCGGGCCAACAUCUUGAAGGCCAUCGAGGUGGACCCAAGCAAUCCUGAAGCUUUCCAGCACAUGGCAAGUUUCCUCCUGGUGAAACAAGAGGUGGAGGAGGCCAAGAAGUACAUAGCACAGUCCCUGGAGGUGUGGCUGCCCCAAUACAGAGCCGUGAGGGAGGGCAAGGCUGCCACCGGAAGUUUUGACCCUGUGGAGGUGUGUCCACUGUCCUAUGCCACACGCCUCACCACAGCCCGCAUUCUUAUUGAGGUUGAGGACCACAAGUCUGCUGUAGAGGUGCUGGAGGGGCUUACUGAGGAGGAUGACGAGGUGGUGGACGUGUGGUACCUCAUGGGGUGGAGCCACUACCUACAGGGGGAGGAGCAGCGUGAGGCUGCCCAGUACUGCCUGCACCGUGCCCUGAAGGUGCACUCUGAGACUCCCUGUGAGGACAGCCAGCUGGUGGAGCACAUGCAGGAGUUGAUGGAGGAGCUUGGACCGUACAUUGAGAAGGAGGAGCCUGACCAGGACGUCGAGGAGGAGCUGGAGGAAGACUCGGAGGAAGAUGAGGAGGAGGAGGACACUAUGGACACAAGUUGAGUUCAUUCAUUUCUACAGUUUUUGUUAUGAAACUGCUGUUCAAUAUGUAUGAUGCUGAACUUUUUUUUAUCUCGUCUCUUAAUAUAAUUAUACGUGUCAAUGUACUGAGGUGUUUUAUCUUGCCCUCUGUGUGAGUUGACACCACUUAAGCAUUUUUGCGUAUCUUCAUUUGGAGCUUCAUAGAUUGAUAAAGCUCCAAAUAGAUUACAUGGGUUACAGAAUGGUAUGAGAUGUGGAAUGUGAGCUACAGGAGAAUGUAUGUUUAGAGACAGGAUAAUGGCAACCCAUGGAAAUAUACAUGUCUUGGUGAUGCCUGAUUGAUAAUGUAUGGCUCACAUCUACUUGUAGUGACCUGCCAGACUUUAGUCCUCAGGAACCUCUUGUGACCAGUUUAUCCCAAGGCCUUCAGAUCAGCUUCUCCGUGUUUCCAUAAGGCUUCAGAAGGGAUACAACUCACAGUGGAAAGGAGAUGCUGCAGCAGACUCACCCCUGAUGUGUCAUGUUUGCUGAGAAUGAAGAUACUCAACAAACAUCAUAAAACAAAUACUUAGUUUGUCAGGAUAAAGUAUUAGUGUGUGCAUUUCCACCUCUCCAGUGCAAGAGUUAACCAGUAUUCUCAAUCAUUCAUCCCUUUCUCUGGUAAACUCUGGAACUCCCUGUCUGCUUCUGUAUUUCCACUUUCCUAUGACUUGAAUUCCUUCUAGAGGGAGGUUUCAAGACACGUAAGGAUAUCCUUCAAUUUUUUGACUACUGCUUUGGACAUUUUUCUGGGACUGGCAUCUCAGUGGGCUUUUUUUUUUUUUCGGAUUUUUGUUACCCUUUGCCAGUGUCCCUCCAUAAAAAAAAGAAGUUACAUUUACCACCUGCAACAACUGCACAAAUAGGGAGACUCAUAAAUUAUCCAAUCCCAAAAAGGAAAAGAUGUUAAGGAAACUGGUGAUGAUGCUACACUUAUGCUUCAUGUCAAUAGUGUAACAGCAUUGAUGUGUAAACCUUAAGAGUAUUAGCUUCACUUCUUAAGCCGCCCACCUGGCUUACCAUGAUUGAGGUGGUUGGUGAGACAGGUGAGGUGAAUGACACACCUUUCAUAUACACAGUUUUAUUAAUGAAAGGGAGAGGCUGCAGAGGAGGAUUCUUAAUAACUUAAAUAGUUAGUAUCCCUCAGCACAGACAGCUGCCAGGGAUGUCUUCGAUGUCUUGCGGCUUGCAGGAAGAGACGGGGUGAGGGGAGGAGGGAGAGAUGGGUAACAGACAGAGACAAGAGAAACAGACAGAUACAAAGGGGAAAGGGUGACAGAUGCCAACAGGAGACAUCACGUUCGCAGUUUUGGGCUGUACAAAAUAUUAUAUAAAUUGUUAACGGAUCAACAAAAUAGAUAUGUACACGUAAAAAAAAAAAAAAAAAAAAAAAAAAAAAAAAAAAGGAACAA